AUGGAUCGUUUGAAAAAAUUUCUCACUGAAAAGAAAGUUAACAAAAACUUCAAAAAAGCUGGAGCUGGUUAUCGUCUUACCGACGAUAGUUCAUCGGCUGUUACAACGCAACCAGUUACUGCUCAGCAGCAAACAUCACAAAUGGUACCAGCGGAGCGUAUAGCCACAGCUGAUAUUGCAGCACAGGCAGCUUAUAAAAGAAUGAACUUAGGUGCAACCCAAGAAUCGUUAACACAAAGGAAUAUACGCAUGCGGGCCCUUAAAGAAAUGGAGAAGGAAAAGAAGGAACGUGAAGGAUGUGCUAAUGAUAAAAUGGAUGUUGAAAUAAGGACUCAUGUAAUUGAUGAGCGUGAAUUUGAACACUCUGCUGCUGUCAGUGGCGUUUAUUUUACUUGUGACCUUCUUGGAGACGACCUGCAGUUAACGAAAAAUGAAAUGCGGAAAAAAGUGGAGAUUUUUUUGCGAACGCAGUUAGCUGAUGAUCCACUAGUUGCAUCAACGUUAAUGAUUUUCUCUUUAAAUGGUCCCGACAAAAGGCAGAAUGCUUCAGAAACAAUUCAGAAAUAUCUCAAGAAUCUUAUCGAAUCUCCAGAUGAAAGCAAAUAUCAUCGUAUACGAAUAAACAAUAAGAUUUUCCAAGAGCGGGUUUCUUGUGCUAACGGUGGAAAAGAAUUUUUGAUGGCUUGUGGUUUUGAAGAAAAAGAUCUCAUUAAUAAUGAUCAGCAAGAGCCUUUCUUAGUAAUACCGGACAAUAAAGCAAUGGAUACAUAUUCGUUGAUACAAGCUUUAGAAAUUUUGCAAACUGGUCAAGCUGUCCCCUUGAAACUGUCUCGCAAUGCUGCUGUAUAUAAACUUGAAGCAAAUCAAGUCAUAACAAAUCCACAGUUGCCUCGUGACUUCUUUGAUUUAGACUUCGCUGAGAUUAAACGGGAACAACAACGUAGAGAAGUUGACGUUGAGAAGUUUGCGACAUUAAGAACUCGGGAAAUGCGUGAAAAGGACGAAUUGAUGCGUAGCUAUCGAUACAACUAUACCUUGAUUAGGAUUAGGUUCCCAAAUCGUUUUCUCUUGCAGGGUACAUUUGGAUGCCAUGAACCUUUUUCUGCUGUACACAAUUUCGUUGAGGAACAUUUGGCACCAAUUGAACCAAUGUUAUUUGUUUUGAAAGAUCCGGUAUCUGGAAAAGUAAUCAGUGAUGAUACGAAGACUCUGAACGAGUUGAAUCUCCUUCCAGCUGCUGUUUUACACUUUGAGUGGGAUUUCGAUAUUCAAGUUGAAUUAAUGAAGCUUGGACGAGAGGUUCAUUAUCUGGAUCAGCGUUUUAUCGAAACUGCAGAACCAUUUGCUGUGAUAUAG